AUGGCGCAAGUCCUCCGCCACAUGCACCUACCGGGCAUAGUCCCCUACUCGACAGCCGCGCGCCUGCAAGAAUCCCUCGUCGCGCGCUUCCUCGCCUCCAAGCCGCCCUCCAACGCGCCCGCGCCGUCGCCGCACAUCAUCACCGCCCAGUUCGCUCCCGUGUACACGUGCGGCCGCCGAGAAAUCGGCACCGUCUCGCCGGAGCAGCAGCAACACCUCCGCGCCAACGGGCGCGCCGCCUUCGUCGAGGCCAUGCGCGGCGGGCAGACCACCUUCCACGGGCCCGGCCAGCUCGUCGCGUACCCCAUCAUCGACUUGCGCGCCCACAAGCUCACGCCGCGCGACUACGUCUGUCUGCUGGAGAAGUCGCUGAUUGCGACGUGUGCGCGGUACGGUAUCGAAGCCAUGACGACGGAACACACGGGGGUGUGGACCAGCCCGGAUGACAAGAUUGCCGCGAUUGGAGUGCAUAUGCGGAGGAACGUCACGAGUCAUGGGGUUGGGCUGAAUGUGGGGACCGAUCUGUCGUGGUUUGAUCGGAUUGUUGCGUGUGGACUGGAGGGGAAGAGGACGACUAGCUUCGAGGCGCAGGGUGUGGUGGGGAAAAGUGUCGAAGAGGUUGCGAGAGAAUAUGUGAGAGAGAUUGCCGCUCGUCUGCGGGGGGUGGAGACGGUGGAGAUGGUGGGCGAAGAAGAGGUUGCUGGGUAUCUGUAG